UCUCCUCUUCACAGUACAAUGUCGGUGUCGGCGUCAGUGUGAGUUCCGGUAUCUCAGGAAUUUGGGCUCAUCGUCUCCUAACCCCCCUGCAGUACUGAAAUCGAGUUUUUCCCGCAACUUUAAGGUUUUGUUUGAGCUCAAAAUGUCUCAGGCGGAUAAACUGAAGCAGGGACAGUUUACAAACCCAGAGACACCUGGGUAUGUGGGAUUUGCGAAUUUGCCAAACCAGGUGCACCGGAAAUCUGUGAAAAAGGGCUUUGAGUUCACGCUUAUGGUGGUGGGUGAGUCUGGAUUAGGGAAGUCCACGCUGAUCAACAGUUUGUUCCUCACCGAUCUCUAUCCCGAGAGAGUCAUUCCUGGCGCUGCAGAGAAGAUUGAGCGUACAGUGCAGAUCGAAGCCUCAACAGUGGAGAUUGAAGAGCGUGGAGUGAAGCUUCGCCUCACUGUGGUUGACACACCUGGAUAUGGAGAUGCCAUUAAUAGUGAAGACUGUUUCAACACCAUUAUCUCAUACAUCGAUGACCAGUUCGAGCGCUACCUUCACGAUGAGAGCGGACUCAACCGCAGACACAUUGUUGACAACCGCGUGCACUGUUGCUUCUAUUUCAUUUCUCCAUUGGGUCACGGGCUGAAGCCUCUAGAUGUCCAGUUCAUGAAGGCCAUUCACAAUAAAGUGAAUGUUGUUCCUGUUAUUGCCAAAGCAGACACACUGACCCUCAGGGAGAGAGAGAGACUCAAGCGCAGGAUUUUGGAUGAAAUCGAUGAGCAUGGCAUUAAGAUCUAUCAUCUACCUGAUGCAGAGUCAGAUGAGGAUGAAGAUUUCAAAGAGCAGACCAGAAUUCUUAAGGCCAGUAUACCAUUUGCUGUGGUGGGAUCCAACCAGCAGAUUGAAGCUAAAGGGAAGAAGGUGAGAGGACGUUUGUACCCGUGGGGUGUAGUGGAGGUGGAAAACCCUGAACACAACGACUUCCUUAAACUUCGCACCAUGCUGAUUACCCACAUGCAGGACCUGCAGGAGGUGACUCAGGAUCUUCACUAUGAGAACUUCCGCUCGGAGCGCCUCAAACGGGGCGGCAGGUUGUCCUCCCAUGGUUACAUUCUGCCUCUGUCGCCUGCCAGGAACGUCCCGGAGCCAGAAGAAAUGGACAAGGACAUAAUCCUGCAGGAGAAGGAGGCUGAGCUGAGGCGGAUGCAGCAGAUGAUCGCCAAGAUGCAAGCACAGAUGCUGAAGCAGGGAGACGGUGAGGAAGACGGCCCACACCUGUGAGAAACACGAUGCUGACCUGUCAUUCGAGCUUGAGCCAGUCAGGCACAUCGCCAAAACUUGCUAAAUUUGGAGAAAGUGAGGAGACUAGCUCAACCUGCUUGUCAUUUUCUUAGUUUCUGUCACUCUUAUGUGUUUGUAAGCAGUAUUAAGUUCUUUGUUAUUUACUCAGAUGCUGAUUACUCAUUACUCAGAUCUAAAAUUCAUUUAUUUUCUUCCAACACCUUAUUAUGCCAGUAACCAAAAUGAAGAAGCAGUUAUAAAGUCUGUGGACCUCACAGAGCAAUUAAUGUUUUAUAUUCUGUUACAAAAGCCAAAUGCUGCGGGUAAAUGACCUUUUUAUAUAAAGCCCCUUUUGUCUAUCAGGACCAUUCAAGACCACUGGAAGUACUUACUGCCCCAUAUUAUACCAUCCACAGUAGCUUAAAAUCACUGUGAAGAAUUCUAGCAGCUUUUGAAUUUGAGUGUUUUUUGAUUAUUCAUUUUAUAUCAAUAAUAAGUGUUGCCAGAGAGAUUGCUGCCCUCCAGUUCAGGAGUUUUUGAAGUACUUCUCUCAUUCCUGCAUGAAGAAGUCUUUGUGUGAUGUGCCAUUCUGUUGAAUGGUCUCCAAACAAAUGCAAAACAGGUAUAAUGUAAUCCAUUGUACAAUCCCUGUGCUGUCUAAUGAAGGAGAAGGAGCAAUUCUCUGAUUUGAGUGACUUAUGUAGCUCAGUGGAAACUCAUGUAAUAUCAGACGUGCAAUGUGAAAUUGGGUUAGUGAAAGGAUAUAUAUUGACAUGAAAUAUGCUGUUGUGCUUUUUGACCUUAAUGCAUGCCAAGUUUUACCUGGUUGUUUAUUUUUUACUCAUUUCUGUGACUGAAUUAGUUUUCUUCUGUAUCAUAAAUACGUAUAUAAAUAAAUCUGUUACCCAACAGCAAAUGUCACCUUCAGCGAGCUAAACCUUUUCCAUAGUUGCUCUUGAAAACCUGGUUGUUAACAUUCCUGUUAUAAUAUUUCACUUGAGAACUUUCUAAUAAACAUCUUUUGUUUAUCAUCUUGUAAUAAAUUUUAUAUUCAAAACUU